GGCCGACGAGGAAGCGCUGGGGAGGCCGGCGUGGAGGACGGGGAAAGGCGGGCGCCGAGGGACCGGGAGCCGCGGGGAGGCGGGGCCGGAGCCCGGGGGCAGCCCCGGCCCGCGGCCGCUCCGCCCCCACCGCCGGGCCCCCGGGGCGACUGCGAGCUCGGCCGGAGCCUCGCUAACUUUUCCGGGCGGAAGAGGAGGAGAAACGGGCUGGGACCGAGUUGUGGGUGGGAGGAUGCCGAGAAGCAGCCCGGUCCCUGCGCCCGGCGGGGCGGCCAGCUAGGCAGCCGUCGGCGGAGCGGCCCAUGUCCGACGCCGGCGAAGCCCUGGGUCCGGGGCCCCGACCGGGGGCCGAAGCUGGCGAGGGCCGCCUGGGCGCCCCGGCCCGGGAUAAAUGUGAAAAAGAAAAUACUGAGAGAGAUAUAACUCAUGCCACCAAUAGCUGCUUCACACAUGGAGAGAUGCAAGACCAGUUCAUUUGGGGAAAUUGUUCAGAGGAUGAACUCAUCAGAACCCAACCUCAGCGCUUGCCUCAGCUUCAAACUUCAGCACAAGAACCAAGUGAGGAGGACGUAGACAAGACAAAGAACUGCCACAAAAGUCUGAGCAACGGAAAUGGAAUUCACCAUGGAGCCAAACAUGUGUCUGUGGAGAGUCGAAGACUUUCAGCACCUGUUUCCCAAAAAGUGCAUAGAAAAAUUCAGUCCAGCUUGUCUGUAAAUAGUGAUAUCAAUAAGAAGAGUAAAGUGAAUGCAGUCUUUUCCCAAAAGCCAGGCUCCUCACCUGAAGAUUGCUGUGUCCACUGCAUCCUCGCCUGCUUGUUCUGUGAAUUCCUGACCCUCUGCAACAUCGUCCUGGGACAAGCUUCCUGUGGCAUCUGUACCUCAGAGGCCUGCUGCUGUUGCUGCGGAGAUGAAAUGGGGGAUGACUGCAACUGCCCUUGUGACAUGGACUGUGGCAUCAUGGACGCCUGUUGUGAAUCAUCAGACUGUUUGGAAAUCUGUAUGGAAUGCUGUGGAAUCUGUUUUCCUUCAUAAAUAUUUAUCUUUUGUUUGCGUUAAAACUGGAGAGUGUUUUAAAAUUUUCCUUUUAAGGAAGAAAAAAAGCACAUGGUAAGAUUUCAUGAAACAAGCAACCUAGUAUUUGCACUAACUCAUUUUAGUAAUCUCUGAAAGCCUUUUUUUUCCCCUCUAACCAAAUCUGCUUGGUUUAAUAUGUGAAAUUUUAACUACUUUUAAGCUCUUUAAUAGAAUAUUCAAUGACUAAGGGACAUUUUGACCAAACCCCCCUCCCCCAAAAAACAACAACAAAAACGAAACUAAAUAUUUCCUCCUUUUCAUACAUAUUUCUAUUUCUUUUAAUCAUUAUCAGAAGGCUUUUGCUCCAAAUGUAUUAUUUCUCCGUGGGUAUUAAAAGCAGACUAAUUUUCAUGUGUAUCUAUUAAUGGUUAACAGUAAACAUUUUUACUUUAAAGUAAACUUUGGGAAACAAAUCCAAAUAGCAGUUGGGCGCCCCCAGUUUACCUUUAUGCUCUGUUCUCCCCUUUCCCCGUUUGUUCAACAGGCAUUGAGGGCCUACUGUGUGUCAUCUGCUGAGAUGCAGAGAUGGCUGUCAUUCAGUUUCCACCCACGAGAGAAUAGAGUUUAGCGGAGGAACGAGACCCGUAAAAAAUGAACCACGAGGCAUACUGUGGGGAUGAUGGGAAAGAGAAACUCAAAAGGAUAUAGGAGUGCAAUACACAGAAAAGAACAACUAAUAUCUGCUGGAAUGUCCAGGAAGGUUCAAGGAGAAUGUGACAUUUGAGGAAACCUCUUAGAAUGAGUGAUUCAUCUGCUGCUGGAAUGAAUUAUUUGGAUUUAGGGCAAAGUUUUAGGUGAAUAGCCUGAACUGUGUGUGUGUUUUAAGCAGUUAAAGAAAAAAAGACCUUAAGUAUGUAUUCUCUUUAGUUGUAAAACCUAUAGCUUUAAAAAAAAACACUAUAAAAUUUAAAAUAUACAUUUUUUACACAUAAUUUAAAAGUUAUGGUAAAGUUUUGGAUAAAAACAGAAGGCCUUAUUUAAAAACCAUGUUUUCUAAAGAAUGUGAAAUACUUUUGACAAAUUGCAUUUAAAUUAGGAGAUUUUUUAAUAUUAAACUCCCAGUAUUUUUGUUUUGAUUUAUUCAAAAGCUUUCUUUCUUUCUUUCUUUCUUUUUUUUCACUUGAGAAUUGUGUUGUUUUCUAAGGGGGUUCAUGGAGUUUUUUUGGUUUGUUUCUUAAGCAUUGUUAUAUUUUAUAAACAGUAAGCCAUUCUUCUAGUACAGUGGGAGUCUUGACAUCCACUACUGGGACCAAUUUCAGUAUUGCGAUUUUAUGUAAAAUUGAAUUAACAUGGCAGGUUAUGAAACCUUAAGUGUACUGAAAUAAGUCAAUUAUAAGACUGAGUAUAUUGCUCUUGAGAUAGAGACUGUGUUGGGCAGAUAAAAGGAAGAGGAAAUUUUCACACUACGUGGUCUCCUAAAUUUGAUCUUCUUGAAGUUGUAGUUUGGUUUGAUGUAAUGUAAUUUCUUGUAGAAAUUUUGAAAAUAUACUUUGGAUUAAUAGUUUUUUUAAUUUUUCUGGUUGAAUAUCAAAUUAAGAGUAAAAACAAGUGCAUAUUUUUAGGAAGCUUUUUAGCAAACCUAGCCUUUUAAGAGAAAUUUUAAAUCUAAAGCACAGCAAUGCUACCUAUGUUUGUUUUUUUUCAUUGAGAUGAAACCUAGUUUCUACUUAUAUCUUUACCUAAACUACUUAAAAAAUAGUUGACGCCCCCGUUUAUACACAUACACACACUCACAACUUUAAAGUGUCUGGUUUAAAUAGAAUUCUAGUAAAAAUCUGUCUUUCUCUUCCUUAUCUUUCUCUUCCUUGUAUUUUAGUUGUUAUAUCAAAUAUAAGUAACCAGAAUCUGAAUAUUUACAUGUACCCAGAGUUACCUUAGGUAUAUAUAUAUUAGGAUGUAUGUCAUCUGUGUAUUGACCUAUAGAGCAUUCUAAUGAUCUAAAAUUAUUAAAAUAUUUCACAUGUUAUCCUGCAAAAUUUUUCAACUAAGUGGUUCGUCUAAUACUUAAAUAUAUUCUGCUACAAUUUGCAGUAAAAAUAUGAGCACUUUUAAAAUAAUGUUUCUCUGUAACAGGGAACACUAAUAGAAUUUUUUUUUUUCAUAUUUAUACCCAUAGCCCUUUUCCUCUGUUGUGUACUUUGCAGUUAUUCCAUAAAGUACCUGGUGUUACCAGGGAAAUUAGUGGGCCAGAUUGCCCUGUCGCACGUGGGAAUGGGGUUCUUGGGGUACUUCUGCGAUAAGCAUUGUCAGGAGCCCCCACAGAAGAACGGGGUGCGGAAAAAGGCUCUAUUUGCAGGGAGUUACCUUCCUUGGGCUCCACAGUUCCCAUGUCCUUAAGCCAGUCCUGAGAAAGGUGCCGCUGGGGUCCCAAUAGAGCCAGAAGCAAAGCCAGCGUGCGGAAUGACCGUGUUGCAGCUGGUUCUGGCAGAGCAUCAGGCUGGUUAGAGUCCCUUAUUCCAUGGGGAGCCCACAUGGCCGUGGACUACGUGGGUGAGUGCAGGGACAUGGCCCUUUGCACAAGGGUCAGGCACAAACAGCAGGCAAGGGAGCCACGCGAGGAAACUCCUUUUGUCUAGGAGUUUAGCUAUUCAGGUCUCACGCCUUUGCUGUGGCCAUGCUUGUUCUGGCCACUGACUUGCUUCCAGCUGUGACUGACAGCUAAGCACCUUCCCAUGUCACCCAGACCUGGCUGGGCAUGCAUCCAAACUGCCUUUGUUCAGUCCCUCCCCGCAUUGGUCACUGGGCAACAGGCUUGGAGAGGGUUAAAUGAUAGCUUUCUAGCAAAGCUGUAUAAAUGGCAUGCCUAUAGUAUCUAGUCUUCCCUUAACUCCUUUCCUAUUAAAUAAUUAUAAUGGUAUCACCUUUGUAUUACUUUUUAAAAAAUAAAUUGGAAACAAAUCAAAGUAGGCAAUUGUGAAAAUAAUUUCAAUAUGUUUUAGAAUUUCUGUAUGUAAAAUGUUUUGUUGAAUUAUAUGGCCAUUGUGACUACGUGAUAUAGUUUACAGUUAUAGACUCAGUCUCCUUUUAAAUGUAGAAACAAUCUCAUUUUUACACUUGACCUGUAUUAUCCUGAAUACAUUACUUUGAAAUAAAAAUAUGACCUCUC